AUGGAUUUGCGAUGCGUCUUGAUGCGUUUCAUGAUAAUGUUGAUCGUCUAUGAAGUUUUUGACAUCUUGAAAGUGAAAGAGCAUUGGUACCGGUGGUGGAGCCUUUCUGAGACACUUGAUGAUGAACCGUCUUAUGCACGUAGUGAAGAUGACUUGGCGAGAAGCCCUCGCGAUAGCCCAUUCGUAAGGAAUGCAUUGGAGAGUCCUUCAAAAGAAUUUACAACUUCUACUUUUGCAAAAAGUUCGGAAGCAGAUGCAGAAACACACAGUAACAAAAGUUUUGAUGAAUCAACCUGGGGUAAUUUAUUGGUUUUCUCUCCAUCUUAG